UCUUAAAAGGCAAAGAAACCCACGAAACUGGUGGUAGAACUGGCUGCUUUGGGCUUAGUAAAUCCGAUCAAAUCCAUGAAGCUUAUUGUAAAUUCAAUGCUCCUUGUAGUUACACUUUUUAUUCUGAUUUUGGCUGUAAAGGAAGUGUUGUUGCUAAAGGAUCAGAUAAAACUAAUUAUGAUCCCCCUAUCACUGUCGCAUCCGGCUGGGUUGGGUUUAUGUAUCAGCUUAGAUGGUCAACUGUAAUGGUGCCUGAUGAAACUAUUUUUGCGAUGAAGUAA